GUGGGGAGAGCGCCCCGCCCUCUCGGAUCGACCCUUCUGGGCUGAUGCAUAAACACCCUUGGAUCUUAGCGUAGGAGCCUGAAGCAGCUAAAGAGGCUGAGCUACGUAGUGCCAGAGUGAACUUAUUUUGCCAUCCACUAGCCCAGGAGGAUGUCCAGCACCCUAGUAGCUGUGGUGACCGGGGGCAACAAAGGGAUUGGAUUUGCUAUUGUGCGGGCUCUGUGUAAGCAAUUCACUGGGGAUGUGUACCUGACAGCCCGGGACCCAGGACGGGGUCAGGCUGCGGUGACAAAGCUGCAGGAGGAGGGACUGAACCCACUUUUCCACCAGCUGGACAUCGAAGAUCUGCAGAGUAUCCGGACUCUGCAGGACUUCCUGAAGAAGAAAUAUGGAGGGCUGAAUGUGCUGGUUAACAACGCAGGGAUUGCUUUCAAAGUUGCUGAUACCACUCCAUUUGCUAUUCAAGCAGAGGUUACAAUGAGGGCAAACUUUUUUGCAACAAGGGACGUCUGCACGGAGUUGCUACCCCUCAUAAAGCCUCAUGGCAGAGUAGUGAAUGUAUCUAGCAUGGUAAGUGUAUCAGCUCUGGCAAGAUGUAGCCAGGAUCUGCAGCAGAAGUUUCGUAGUGACACAAUCACUGAGGAGGAGCUAGUGAAACUCAUGACAAAGUUUGUGGAGGAUACCAAGAACGGAGUGCAUGAGAAGGAGGGCUGGCCAAAUACCGCUUACGGUGUGUCCAAAAUUGGAGUCACGGUCUUGUCCAGAAUCCAGGCCCGGAUGUUGAAUGAGGAAAGGAAAGCUGAUCGAAUUCUUCUAAAUGCCUGUUGCCCUGGAUGGGUGAGAACCGACAUGGCAGGUCCCAAUGCCACUAAAAGUCCAGAUGAGGGAGCCGAGACUCCAGUUUAUUUAGCCCUUUUAGCCCCUGAUGCUGAUGGGCCUCAUGGGCAGUUCGUUAGUGAAAAGAAAGUGCAAAAGUGGUAAUCCUUGAUUUGUAUAUGUGAGAUGCAGUCCAGAAACAAUAUCAGAUAUUACUGAUUUAUUGUUGGUACCAAUAAUAAUUAAGCAUCUGUAAAUGUCUUUGCCAUUUCUAAUAUCUUAUUAGGGUUUAUAGAAUAUACACAAGGUUUCUGCUAUUGCAAAAUAAUUGCAGUUUGGAAUAGUGCAUGAAUUAAACUGUGCCUUUAAUUUAGUUUUUAAAGGUAUGAAAAGUGUUGAAAUAAAGUAUAGUUUAAUAAGCUAAAA